AUGCCCGUCGCAUCCAACUACCCCGAUGCCCCCAUUCCAGAAGUGGACCUUUGGACCUUUCUGUUUGAACGCACGGACAGGGCUUACCCAGAUGACAAGAUCCUUUACCAAGAUGCUGAUACCCAGCGCCAUUACACAUACAAAGCACUGCGAGAUGCCUCGUUGGAUUUUGGCAAGGGCCUGAAAGCCCUCUGGGAUUGGCGGAAGGGCGAUGUACUGGCCCUCUUCACACCGAACAGCAUUGACACUCCUGUGGUGAUGUGGGGUACUCUCUGGGCUGGCGGAAUUGUCUCGCCUGCCAACCCUGGUUACACAGCUGAAGAGCUAGCCUUCCAGCUCAAGAACUCCGGUGCUAAGGGAAUUGUAACGCAAGUCUCAGCGCUAUCUGUUGCGAAAGAAGCUGCGAAGAAGGUCGGCAUCGACGAAGACCGAAUCAUUUUGAUUGGGGAUGAGCGCGACCCUGACGCGCGAAUCAAGCACUUCACUUCUAUCCGCAAUAUUUCUGGCGCUACCCGCUACCGCAAGCAGAAGAUCAACCCGGCGAAAGACUUGGCCUUUUUGGUUUAUUCGUCUGGGACGACGGGUGUGCCGAAGGGUGUUAUGCUCUCGCAUCGGAAUAUCGUUGCCAAUAUUAUGCAACAAGUCACUGGUGAAGGUGGUAUGUUGAGUUGGAAUAGUGGUCACGAUGGCAAGGGUGAUCGAGUCCUGGCGUUUUUGCCGUUCUAUCACAUCUAUGGUCUGACCUGUUUAAUUACCCAGGCCACCUAUAAGGGCUAUCACUUGAUCGUCAUGUCGAAGUUCGACAUUGAAAAAUGGUGCUCGCAUGUACAACACUACCGUUGCACAUUCAGUUACAUCGUCCCUCCUGUGGUGCUCUUGCUGAGCAAACACCCCGUGGUCGACAAGUACGAUCUUUCAAGUCUGCGUAUGAUGAACUCCGGUGCCGCACCGCUCACUCAGGAGUUGGUCGAGGCAGUCUACUCGCGCAUCAAGGUUGGCAUCAAGCAGGGCUAUGGACUUAGCGAGACCAGCCCAACUACCCACACUCAGCGAUGGGAGGACUGGCGCGAGGCCAUUGGCUCUGUUGGUCGCUUGAUGCCUAACAUGGAAGCCAAGUAUAUGACCAUGCCGGAGGAUGGAUCACAACCUAAAGAGGUUGCUGUUGGCGAGGUCGGAGAAUUGUAUAUGAAAGGACCCAAUAUUUUCCUGGGUUACCACCAGAACCCAGAGGCUACCAAGGAGUGUUUGUCUGAGGACGGCUGGUUCCAGACUGGUGACGUUGGUUACCAGGAUGCCAAGGGAAAUUUCUUCAUUACCGAUCGUGUGAAGGAGCUUAUCAAGUACAAGGGCUUCCAAGUGCCUCCUGCCGAAUUGGAAGGAUACUUGGUUGACAACGCUGCUAUCGAUGAUGUUGCUGUUGUUGGUAUUGAGAGUGAAACACACGGCUCAGAAGUUCCUAUGGCUUGCGUCGUCCGCAGUGCAAAGAGCAAGUCUUCGGGUGUCAGUGAGAAAGAGGAGGCAGCAAACAUCAUCAAGUGGCUGGAUAGCAAGGUGGCCAGCCACAAGCGUCUGCGUGGUGGUGUCCAGUUCGUUGAUGCGAUCCCCAAGAACCCCAGUGGGAAGAUUUUGCGUCGCCUGCUGAAGCAGAAGUUCAAGGGAGCGGCCGAGGCCCCCAAAGCCAAGCUAUAG